GUUUGUGCUGGAGCCCCUCCUGCCAAAAAAGAUGCAUUCUAGGUCUCAAGAUAAAUUGGACAAGGAUGACCUAGAUAAAGACAAGAAAGAAAAGAAGAAGGAGAAAAGGAACAGCAAGCAUCAGGAGAUAUUUGAUAAAGAAUUUAAAUCUACUGAUAUUUCUCUGCAGCAGUCUGAAGCAGUGAUCCUUUCAGAAACGAUCAGCCCGCUAAGACCACAGAGACCAAAAAGCCAAGUCAUAAACGUCAUUUCAAGUGAAAGACGUUUCUCCGUCUCUCCGUCACCUGCCAGCUCCCAAGCGACACCACCCCCGAUAACUCCACGCACAAAACUUUCUUUCAGCAUACAGUCCAAUCUGGAGCUGAAUGGUAUGUCCAGCUCCGACAUCCCCGACGUUCCUCCUCCUCUGCCCCUGAAAGGAAGCAUGGCUGAUUAUGGGAACCUCAUGGAAAGUCAAGACUUGAUCAGCCCGACGACCUCCCCCCCUGCUCAUCAAAGGCACCUGCCGCCUCCGCUCCCCAGCAAGACUCCCCCGCCUCCACCUCCAAAGACAACUCGGAAGCAAACGUCUGUUGACUCCGGGAUUGUCCAGUGAAGAAGGAAGCGUUUUUUCCAAAGAUAAAGCUGUAACAAUUCAUUUCCCUAAGUAUUUUAUGGUAUAUAAUGUUUACCUCAUUCAGGCAUGCAGUAUCUAACAUUUAGUGCAAUGACUUUAACUCUGUAAGAAAUCAAAUUCUAGCCGUGCAUCGGAAACAACACUACAUCACCCCUCUUUCCGGGGUUGUUCCCUCCUGUAACUUGAAAGAAAUCUGGAUUUCUACUUGAGACCGGGAGGUAUUCAUGAACUGACAGUACCCUCUUCCUAAACCUUCUCCCUUCUUCUUCUGAGUAACUUCAGGCACAUAGGUAGCUAUGGACUUUAAAAUGAGCUGAGUAUUUCGUACCUAA